GCGCCGGAAGUGCCUGCCUAGGCGAGCGGCGACGAGCGGACGACUACAUUUACGGGGUCUCCCGGUGGCCCAGAGUCGGAGAUUGUUGAAAACUUUAUAUUUGAUUCCUGAAAGGACUCAAUGGCUUACAGAAGAGAUGAAAUGUGGUCUGAGGGACGAUAUGACUAUGAAAGACUUCCAAGAGAACGAGUACCUCCUCGAAGUCACCCCAGUGAUGGCUACCAUAGAGUAGUUAAUAUUGUGCCAAAGAAACCACCACUGCUAGACAGACCUGGUGAAGGAAACUACAAUAGAUAUUACAGUCAUGUUGAUUACCGAGAAUAUGACGAGGGCCGCAGUUUUUCUCAUGAUCGAAGAAGUGGUCCACCUCACAGAGGAGAUGAAUCUGGCUACAGGUGGACAAGAGAUGAUCAUUCCGCAAGCCGACAGCCUGAAUACAGGGACAUGAGAGACGGCUUUAGAAGAAAAAGUUUCUACCCUUCUCAUUAUGCAAGAGACCGAUCUCCUCAUAAAAGAGACCCUCCUUUUUUCAGAGAAUCGCCUGUAGGUCGAAAGGAUUCUCCACACAGCAGGUCUGGCUCCAGCGUCAGUAGUAGAAGCUACUCUCCAGAAAGAAGCAAAACAUACUCUUUCCAUCAAUCUCAACAUAGAAAGUCCAUCCGUGCUGGUGCCUCCUACAAACGGCAGAAUGAAGGAAAUCCAGAAAGAGGUAAAGAGAGACCUGUUCAGUCUUUAAAAACAUCAAGAGACACUUCACCCUCAAGUUCUUCAGCAGUUCCUUCAUCAAAGGUGUUAGACAAACCCAGUCGGCUAACCGAAAAGGAACUUGCUGAGGCUGCAAGCAAGUGGGCUGCUGAAAAGCUGGAAAAGGCAGAUGAGAGUAACUUACCUGAAAUUUCUGAGUAUGAGGCAGGAUCCACAGCACCACUGUUUAUUGACCAGCCAGAAGAACCUGAGUCAAAUGCAACAGAUGGCAUGGAAUUAUUUGAAGACAGUCAGCUAACCAGUCGCUCUAAAGCAAUAGCAUCAAAAACCAAAGAGAUUGAACAGGUUUACCGACAAGACUGUGAAACUUUCGGGAUGGUUGUGAAAAUGCUGAUUGAAAAAGAUCCUUCAUUAGAAAAGUCUAUACAGUUUGCAUUGAGACAGAAUUUACAUGAAAUAGGUGAGAGGUGUGUUGAGGAACUCAAACAUUUCAUUGCAGAGUAUGACACCUCUAGUCAAGAUUUUGGAGAGCCUUUUUAGAAAAUUGCUCAGGCAAAAAAAUGUUUCUAGAUUUUUUUUUUUUUGGAUUGUGUAAAUCCUUAAUAUAUAGAAUUUUUGUGAUGAAGAGAAAUACUUUAUGAUAGUCGACCACAUUUCCGAUAUCAAAUAAACAUCUAAAAUAGUUUAAGAUAUUUUAAUUAGAAUUUUUUAAAUCCACAUGUAGAGCCUCCUAAUCCAUACUUACCUUUUAUCCCCCUAAAAUGAUGGGUCAGUUAAUUUUUCAAGCUUUGAAAAAGCAGUGUUGGAGAACAGCUCAUGUUCUGUAGUCUUCGGUAUGCGAUCAUUUGUUUUGGUCCAAUAGUGUAAUUUAUAGGUUAGAGAUCAUUCCACUUAAACAUUAAUAGUCUUUUUGCAUUUCAUAGUCAGUGAUACCAUGUGAAAAUGUUAGAAUUCUGAGUUGUGAUUUUAUUGACUUGUUGCUUGCUUGUUUUAGGCUUUGUAACUUUUAAUAUGUUCAAGUAUACUGUCCAAAUAAACUGAAUACUCCAGUAUUUUACAGAAUAUUUGCUUUAAGAUUAAUUCCCAUUAUGAUAAAAUAGAGCACUUAAAUCUUAAAAAGACCUCAUAGUAAAAUCCUGUUUUCCAAGUAAAUCAACUCAAUGUCUUCCAUUAAAAUAAUCCUGAAACUCCU